UACCCCUCCAUGCGUCGAAAGGCAUAGUGUCGCGAAUACUCCAUCAACCAAAGUGAUUCGAAUUGGGAACGGUAUCUAAGAUUACGAGCUACAACAUAUCCAAGUUUUGCAACAUUCCAACGACUAUUUUGUCGUCGACGAUGUUUCUUGUGGAGACGACUUUUCUGUCCAGAAUUUCGGAUUUCUAUUUGAGUAAUUCUAGCUCCUAAGUUCACCUAGACUCCGUCCUUAAUCACUAACAGGGGCAGCCCUCCUUCAUCUUGGAAGUCAACCAUGGAAAGUGACGUAACCAUUGCUCCCUCGCUUUGAGUUGGAGCUCUUCCACCAUCAGGACAAAUGGCCCGUCGUCGUCGGACGGCGGGGAGCUGGGACCAGGAUCGCCGCUGUUGCUGCCGAGCUAGAUAGGAGUAGCCGCAGUGGAGGUGCAGGCAUGCCGACCGAAGCUGAGUUACGCUAGAUGUACUUCUCCUUGCUAGGCUUGCAGGCGGGCAAGAUGGGCACUCCAGAGACGCGUGGUGGAAGGACAGUGGAGACGGUUUGCCUUGCAGGUGACGACGGACGGGAAGGCCUAGUAGCAGAGUUGAGAUCGAAGCCUUCAGCACCAAAGAUUUAUCCAUGGCUCCAUGUACAAUGGAGGCAGUGGGCUCAGAGGAGCCACUGUAGGGGAGGGACUAAGCACGGACGAGCGGGUGGCAGGAGAUGGGCUACGCGAUCGUGCAUGCGCCGCGGGAGGUGGACUAGCCGCGGGAGAGCGUGCCGAGGGUGGAGAACUCGGCGCCUGCUUAUUACUCGUAUGAGGACUAGCCUCUAGACGACUAGUCGUUUGUCGAGUCGCGGAAGGAGGCGGUGAAGGUUCGACAGGCGGAGUAGGCUCGAUGGGCAUACGCAUCUGAUGCGGCUCAAUGCUAAUGGGAGGCGGCGCGGGUCGGGAUCGAAGCAGGUCUAGCCUCGUAACCGUCGAUGGUGCGGCAUCUUUAGGAGGGGUAGCAUUAACCUCCUCUAAGGCCAUGAGAUGAGACACGCGAUAUGAGCAGGAACUGGGUGGGAGAGCCAGCCAAGAAUGAAGCACUAGGACGAGGGGAGGACAAGGACACUGCAGAGAGCACUCAUGGCUGCGGGGAGUGGUUCUCUGAGACAUGGUAGUCUGAGGUUGGGGGCUUCUGUGGGCUGAUUAUACACCAUGGUGGCUCGACAAAGAGUGGCUUGGGGUUGCAUAUUCAUUACGAAACCCUCAAGACGAGGGUGGCUUGCGGUUUCAUCGGGAAAUGCGCUGGCACAUUGCUGCCCAGCGCUGCUUGCCUGGAACCUGGGUGGCAGCGACGGUGCUCGUAACAAGACAGUGGCG